ACGCCUCAGUCUGCGGACGUCUCGCGUUGCUUGCUAAUCGAGCAGUGCAGUGUUGUGACAGCCAGUGUAUGUGCGAUGCUAGGACGGUGAUCGAGAAAUGGUGAAUUACGUUAACCCGCUGGCCAUGUACCAAGGCAAGGGCGGGCAGUACGCGAGUGGCUGGUAUGGCUGGCAGCACCAGAACUUUGAGGAACAACAGUGGUGUGCAUGGAAUGGAGCCCCAAGUGAGUGGCCGACGGACCCACAUCAUUUCAAGCGGGAGCCCGGUGAGAGAGAUAUGGGGGAGAUGCCGUCACCGGCCCGGGGAGACCUGGCAAGCCCAGGAGAAGGUUCCCCCGGUUCCAGACCUUCACAGCCACCGGCCCCACCUCGUUCCCCAUAUGAAUGGAUGAAGAAACCGAGCUACCAGUCACAACCUAACCCAGGAAUGUUAAUAGUCGGCAAGACAAGAACAAAGGACAAAUAUAGAGUGGUAUACAGUGAUCAUCAGCGGUUAGAAUUGGAGAAGGAGUUCCACUACAGCAGAUAUAUCACCAUCAGGCGAAAGGCAGAGUUAGCCGUCAGCCUUGGACUUUCUGAACGACAGGUAAAAAUAUGGUUCCAAAACCGUCGCGCUAAAGAGCGAAAACAAGUCAAGAAACGCGAGGAGGUAGUGAUGAAAGAGAAGGGCGAUCACGCCUCACUCCAACACGCGCAGUUACACCACGCCACAAUGUUGCAUCACCAACAGAUGAUGAACGGCAUGAUGCACCAUCACCACUACCAUCAAGGCGUUCUUCAGGGCGUGCCCGAGCCGCUGGUGCCUAGCGUUGCACCCGUCCCCUUGCUGUGACCGCAAAGUGAAGAUUUCGGUGUUUUUGACACUUAUCAGUGACAAUUGACCAGUGUAAGCCCAUGGGCGUUGUGCUUUAAAUUCCUCUUAUAAAGUGAUAAACGUAGUGCAAUAUUCUCACCGUAUGCUCGUGAGUAUAUACUCUCUGAGGUUCAGGCUAUUCGUUAGUUCCGUUCCCUCGUUAUUUAAUACCUCAUCACGAAUUAACGAAAGAGCUGCGCCUCAGAGACGGACAAUCACAGCCUUUUAUAGCUUAGUAUGUGCCUAAACGGUUUCGCCUUACGGCUGUCUUGAGCCAGUUAGAUAAGCGUUUAAUUUAAUGUUCCAUUGUAAAUAUAGAAAUAUAUUUUUUAUAUAAUACAUAAGUAUGACCUAUUGCUUCUCAGUGGCACUUUUGUUUCCCGCUUAAUAAAUUACAGAGCUUUCUAGAAUCUCUUUGAAAAUGUAUUCAAAAUUGUAAAGCAUUAUUGGCAUUGAGAAUUUGCGUUUGAGAUUAUCUUAGUUAUAAUUGUAAAUAUGAUUUAUUUAGACUGGAUACAUUGCUUAGCCGUCGGUUAAGUUAUUAAAAUGUAUUAAUAUAAAUAAUUUAUUCAUCAAUUUGAUGUCAAUGUUUUGUUGUUGGCAAGCGUAAUGCAUCAAACGACACUUGGUAAACGUGACGCAAAAUUACGCUUGUCUGCGUCGAUAAUCAUAAACAUGUUUCCUAGACAUUGUAUAGUGUGUUAAUAUUGUUUGGAAACACUUAUGUAAGAAGCACCUACACGAAACACAUUUGAUAAACUAAAUAAAUUCAUGUUAUUCAA